CUUUUGUAAGUUGCACGUUAAUAGUCCUGCACUCCCACGCGCUACAUUAGGCCCCCUUCAUUGUCGACUCGGACGGUCGAAUUUGCGAGAAAAUUUACAUCGGCGAUAUAAAUACAAUGGAGACGAUGGAAGUGGGUGAUUUGAAUUUCGAUGAACGGCGGGCUUUCUUGCCGAACAAAAGUUGCCAAAACUUAGAUGGCAAGUAGAGGGAGUUUUUGUUGAGGUUAUGUUAACUACCGAUUCGAAAAAAUUUGGAUACAACUUCUAAACAAUGAUAAGUAUACUUUGGAACGAUUUGUUGUCUUCAUAUAAAGAGCAUCCGUGAUCUUUUGAAUGUUUUAUUUUGCAGUUUACUUUUUUAUUUCGGAUCUUUUAAUUUGACGGCUUAACGCUAGAGGGCAGUAAAAACGGAAUAUGCUGCGCGCUUCGAUUAGCGCUCUGUUUUGUUUUGGAUGGACUUCAAACAUUUAAAAGGAAGAACAAUUGAAUUUCGUUUAAAAUAUGUCUGGGAAAAGGAAAAAGUUACACAUGUUGCUGCUGAAUUAGGUGUAGGAACAUCUACCAUCUUUGACUGGAAAAAAAAAAACAGAAAGGAUGCUGAAGAUUUUUGUGCUAAGAUGGUACAUUGAAGAAGUUGAAAACGGCAUUCCUAUACCAGGGCCUGCUUUGACAAAAAAGGCUCUUAGCCUCAACAAGAUGUUAGGUUGUGAUAAUACUUUUACUACAAGCACAGGGUGAUUAGGAAGAUGAAAAGCAUGCCAUGGUAUAAAACUUAAUUUUAAUAGUCCACAGCAAUUAGUGUUCAAGGACAAGGAUGAGUCAGAAUGUUUAUUGAUACUAGAUGACA